AAAGUGCAAGAAAUCACCAAAAAAACAGCAGCUGGUGCGAAGCUCAUAACUUGAGAUUGAACCGUUGAAAUUCGAUCUCCACCGUUCAGAUUGAAGCUCCACAAGUCCUUAGACUCCUCCUAAAAUUUCAGCUCGAUCGGACAAGCUUUGGACCUCCGAUCGACCAAAAAACCAGGUCUGCAUUUUUCUGAAAAUGGCAGCGGCUAUCUCACUUCUUGCGGCUGUUUUUCUCUCUUUUUGUGCGUGAAUAUCCGUGUUGUGGUAGUAGACAGCUGCCAAACUUUUACUCUCAAAAAUAUGUGGACAAAAAUGCAUUGAAGACUUAUCCUCCAAAAAUAUUUGGGCCUUUUAAUUUAAAGAUGACACAUAGUUGGGAGCCCAAACCCAACAAAUAUGACACUGAGAUUUUACGGGAGAAAAUAAAUGAAAAGCUCAAAGCCUUGCAAGGUUUGGUUCCAGGGUGUUAUAAGACAAUGGGAAUGGCGGUAAUGCUGGAUGUAAUAAUAAACUACAUCAGGUCACUCCAGAAUCAGAUUGAUUUUCUUUCCAUGAAACUCUCAGCAGCAAGUUUGUUCUAUGACUUCAAUUCAUCAGAAAUGGAUGCAUUGGACUUGGUACAUCAGGGAACAAGUCUUUAUGAAGCUCAAGAGAUGGGAAAAGGUGUUUUUGAAGGCUCGCCGCCGUCUUCUUCCAAGAAGAAAGGCGGAGGCGGCGGAGGUGGUGGCGGCCACCGUGAGGUGGUCCCACCAAGUGGGAAAAUACUGGUGCCAAAUUUGAAGCCUUUCACUUUGGGGGAGCUGAAGAGUGCCACGAGGAACUUCAGGCCGGACAGUAUACUGGGAGAGGGAGGGUUCGGGAGGGUGUUUAAGGGCUGGGUUGACCCUAAUAAGGACUAUGCACCCUCCAGAGUUGGGGUAGGUGUCCCAGUUGCUGUAAAGAAAUCCAAUCCUGAUAGUGAACAAGGAUUGAAGGAAUGGCAGGCAGAAGUGAAAUUCUUGGGGAAAUUUUCUCACCCAAACCUUGUCAAGCUUUUGGGCUAUUGCUGGGAGGAGAAGCAGUUUCUUCUUGUUUAUGAAUACAUGCUCAAGGGCAGCUUAGAAAGUCAUCUUUUCCGAAAGAAGGGAGGAGAACCACUUUCUUGGGACACAAGGCUGAAAAUUGCCAUAGGAGCUGCCAAAGGACUUGUUUUCUUGCACAACACAGAGAGAAGUGUCAUUUACAGAGAUUUCAAGGCCUCCAACAUUUUACUUGAUGGGGAAUUUAAUGCUAAGCUUUCUGAUUUCGGAUUAGCCAAGUUUGGUCCGAUCGAUGGUAACUCGCAUGUUACCACCAACGUUGUUGGCACGUACGGUUAUGCCGCUCCCGAGUACAUGUCCACAGGUCAUUUGUACAUAAAGAGUGAUGUUUAUGCAUUUGGAGUAGUACUACUCGAAAUGAUAUCGGGCUUGAGGGUUCUUGAUUUGGACCGAGAACUCGGUAAGCACGAUUUGGUCGAGUGGGCCAAACCCAUAUUACCCAAUAAAAAGAGUUUGAGGAGAUCAUUAAUGGAUCCUCGUCUAGAGCAAAUGUACCCUUUUGAGAGUGCUUGUCAAAUAUCCCAUCUCAUACUAAAGUGCCUUGAGCAAGACCACAAGCUUAGGCCGGAUAUGGAUGAGGUUUUAGAGACACUUGAAGGGAUACAACAAAAAGGUGGGAAGAAAAAACCCAAGGACCAAGACGCUAAAGCUAAACAUCACCGCAACGAGCAACGCCGCCAGCGAUCGUCCCCUCUCUUGACCAGCCACGGGCAUAUUGGCCUCGGGGUUGGUGAUCGUCAGAAAAAUCAAAGCUAUUGAUCAGAUAGUUCUACCUCCAUUCAUUGUUAAUUGUCUCUAUUAUGAAUUUUAUGAUACAUUAAAAAAAUGAAUGAAUGUAGACACAGUGUAUGUCUAUAUUCGUUCUGAUUCAGUUUGAUAAUAAUUGAUCUUAUUGAAUAAUGAAAGUUUCAUAUCUAA